AUGCCUUCUUUCACCAAAUUCGUCGCCGCCGUCGCUGGAUGCUCUGCCAUUGUCAAUGGCGCAGUGAUCCCGACUGAGAGCGGUCUUCACACCACUACUCUCCAGACCCGAGAUACAGUCAAGAGCACUGGAAAUAUUCUCAGCAAGCGCGAGCCCGUCACGAUUGCUAUUCUGACUGCGGCUGGUACCGCAGCAGCUACUGCCAUCGUCAACGAGGCUGUCAGUGCUGCCGCCGCUUUCAUCGGUGACAUUUCCAACUUCGAUGCUGGUCGUGAAGCCUUCACCGUUCAGACCACCGAAGCCAUGAUGGCGAAUAACCCCGACCCUGAGCGUUUCCAGGCCGCUGCCUGCUAUAACAAAGCGUUCUCGGUUGCUGAUCCUGCCAACAUUGACGGACAAUCCUCUGUUGAGUUCAGACUCGGAAUCCUCAACACUGAUUACGAGUGCAUGUAUAUUGCUGCACCUAACCAGUUCUUUACUGAGGGUGAUGGUGGCCUCAUUAACCUCUCCUUUACCCAUACCGACCGAUGCACUUUUGACCAGGAAACUGCUGAUCUCACUUGUGUUUAA